AGAAAGGCAUUUCAGCAAUGUUGCGUCGAAAAAACUUGUUUAACCGAAGUUCUCCAUAAAAAUUUCACCCACCUGACGGAUCAUCUGCAUAGAAAAUCAUAUAAAUCGUGUGAUCACAUAAAUCCAGUGGCAAUAAUGACGACUGCAUUGUAUUUGGAGCAUUAUUUGGACAGUCUUGAACACCUGCCCAUUGAGCUCCAAAGAAACUUCACCCUGAUGAGAGACCUGGACGCCAGAGCCCAAGGUUUGAUGAAGGAUAUUGACAAGCUGGCCGACGAUUACCUGAAAAACCUGAAGAAAGAGUCACCAGAGAAGAAGAAGGAGCAGUUGAUGCACAUUCAGAGUUUGUUCAACAAAGCCAAGGAGUACGGUGAUGACAAGGUGCAACUGGCCAUUCAAACGUACGAACUUGUUGACAAGCACAUCAGGAGAUUGGACUCUGACCUGGCGAGAUUCGAGGCGGAGAUUCAGGACAAGGCCCUGAGCAGCAAUCGAGUGCAGGAGGAGGGUGGAGCGAGCAAGAAGGGCAGGAAGAAACAGAAGGAGAAGGAGAAGAGGAAGAAGGGAACGGCUGGAGCGAGCAGUGAGGACGAGUCCAAAACUGCCAGGAAGAAGCAGAAGAAGGGAGGGUCUAUGGUGACCUCAGCUGCCAUUGGGGCUGUUGGCAGUGGAGCACAGACCGAUAACACGUCACUUGGGCAUCCUGCUGAUGUCCUCGACAUGCCUGUCGAUCCUAAUGAGCCCACUUACUGUCUGUGCCAUCAGGUGUCCUAUGGCGAGAUGAUCGGGUGUGAUAAUCCAGACUGUCCAAUCGAGUGGUUCCACUUUUCCUGCGUGGGUCUGACAACGAAGCCCAAGGGUAAAUGGUACUGUCCCAAAUGUACGCAGGAUCGAAAGAAGAAAUGAAUCUCCACCGGAAAGCAGAGCAGAACAAGAAGAAAAUCCCUCAAAAGUCAAAAAAUUGCUCAGCAAUCGGCAGGAGGCAAUCGCGGUGAUCUUUCAGCCCGAUGAAUCGAGAUUAAUUCAGACAAUGUUUCAUUGUCCAAAAUGAAACAUGGAUUAAACUCAACUUAGGAAAUUAAAGACAACUGCGUUUGCAUUGCAUCUGAAAUGAAACUCGUGUGCAAUUCAGUGUGAUAAAAGCAUAAUACACAUUACUGUAGAUGUAGAGACCUAUUUAUUCUAAACACAAUGUUCAUUCCUGAUGUAAUGCAAGAACAGUUUUUAUCGGUUUAUCACAGAACUAGGAGAAUUUGAGAACUGGCCGAACGUUUUUUUUUUAUUUUAUUCACCAUUUUUCGUUAACUCUUGCACAUAAGUAUUUAUUCAUCCUUCACACUAACGUCUGAAUUACGUUAUUUUUUAUACAAUCACUGGCCAGCUCUUGAUAAUCUGUGAUUCACCUUAAUUAGUUUAUAAAAUUAAUUAUAAAUACAAUCAGGCAAGUAUUAAUUAAACUGUACUCGAAAUCAUGAGGAUAAAUAUAGAUUCAGAUCUAUAUAUUAGUUAAUAUACUAGUUAAUUACUGUUUUUUUAUAUUUUAUGAAUGUGAAUUGUUAGAUCAGCAAUGAUUUCCAAUAAUCUGAGCCAAAAAUUGUAUGGUAAGUGAACAAUUCAUGAUGAACAAACAACCAUUGUUUUAAUUCCAAGGUGAUUAAUUCAUCAUUUAUUCGUUGUAAAGUAAUUAUUGAUGAAUAAACUUCCAGUACUUUACCUA